AUGGAACAAUAUCGAGAUAGGGCUGCUGGUGGAUCUGUUAAUAGUCCUCCAUGGUUUGAUGGAGGAUGUGAAAAGUACACACAAUGGAAGAUAUACAUGAAAUCAUACUUGUAUGCACAAGAUGAACAUGUAUGGAACAUUGUGGAAAAUGGCUGGAAGACACCAAUAAUUCCAGCUAAAGGUGAGGGCUCAUCAGUCUCUAUUCCUAAGCCACGGAAGGACUGGAUUGACGUAGAGGUACGUGAUCUUCAAGCUGACUUCAAAGCAAAAAAUAGCAUUUUCACUGCUCUCUCUGAACGUGAAAAGCUGAGGAUUAGUCACUGUGACACUGCAAAACAAGCUUGGGAUCUGCUGCAGACUACAUAUGAAGGAAACAAAAAGGUAUGUGCACAAAAACUACAAGGUCUAAUCUAUGAAUAUGAAACUAUGACCAUGGGAAAUGAUGAAACUGUAGAUGACUUCCAUGGUAGAAUUCUAAAGAUUACAGGUCAAUGUCGUAGUCUAGGUGCCCUUUUUGAUGAAGAUAAGGUUGUCAAGAAAAUUCUUAAAGCCUUACCAGAAAAGUUUCACUCUAAAGUCACUAGUAUUGAGGAUUCUUUUGACAUUGAUGAAUACCCUUUGGAUGAACUCAUUGGAAAUCUAAAAACUUAUGAACUAAGACUAAAACCUGAAAAGAAAUCCAAAGGUGUGGCAUUCAAGGCUGUGAAAGGGAAAGAAGAGGAAGAUGAACCACUUGAUCUUGCUCUUCUGACCAAAGAGUUCAAUAAAUUCCUUAGAAAUAAGUCCUCCUCUCAAAAUUUCAAUGCUCCCAAGAAAAAUUUUGUUAAUAAUGAUAACAACGUUAAAGGGAAUUUUAGAGCAAAUAAAUCUGGAAAAAUAAAAUGCUAUGAAUGUGGUGGCUAUGGCCAUAUUUCUACUGAUUGUGGUAACAGGAAGCAUGGAAAUAGCAACAAUAAAUCCCUCCUCUCGACAUGGAGUGAUGAUGAACAUCAAGAGGUCGAAAAUGUUGCCUUCGUGUCGUCUCUUUCACUUGAAUCUGAAAGUGAUGAAGAAUUCUCAGAUGACGAGACUAAUGAAGAGCUGAAGUCCACUCAAGAGAAGUUCACAAAGUUUGAGAUAAGCUCUGCAACAGCAUCUAGGUUGUUCAGCUCCGGAAAAGCCCACCAUGAUACAUUCGGACUUGGAUAUUCUGGAGAAAGCUCCAAAGGUACACAUUUUGUGAGAGAGUCCAAUCCAGAAGUGGAGAAAAGUGAUCCAAUCACCCAGGUCAUCAAGGACACUAUCACAAGGGUUGACAAGGAACCAAAACCUUCUCAGUAUGUCACUCAGGUAAGGAUGAAUCAGAGGUUUCCAACUGAUCAUAACAGGUACUCAACGCUUAAGUCUUUUAUUCCCACAUGUCAUUACUGUGGUAAACUGGGACAUAUCAGACCGAGAUGUAAUGAGAGACAUAAAUCAAUUCCAUCUGGUGAGGAAAAGCUAUCUGUAAAAUCUUUGCAUUGUGAACUUAAAGAGCAGAAAGAGCUUAUCAACAAAUUGGCUAACCUGAUUACUAAAGCAAACAUGCAAAAUAGAGAUAAACCUGUCUGGAUUAGAAAGGAUUUGAAUAAUCAUCGUUCUAAUCACUCUGAUUCUACUGACUCUAUUAAUGAUAUCUGCCUCAUGGCAAGUGUAAGUACAGAUAAUCCUCCAACAUAUAUUGAGGCUACCUGCCUGGUAGCACUCACUGCAUUGGCAGACAAGCGAAAGGAUUUCUGGUAUGUGGACAGUGGUUGCUCCAGACACAUGACUGGAGAUAAAGCUUGGUUCACCUCAUUCGAAGAUGAAAGCACUACUGGUUCAGUUACCUUUGGUGAUGGAAGAAAAGCCAAAAUUCUUGCACGAGGAACAGUCAAUACUCCUAGAAUUCCUAAUCUAAAAAAUGUUUUGUAUGUUGAGGGUUUAACUGCCAAUCUAAUAAGUGUCAGUCACUUGGCUGAUGAUUAUGAGGAUGUUUGGUUCAACAAGCAAAGAUGUGAUUGCCUGUCUGUGAGAUCUGCCGAAGAAACCUUCAAAAUAUGGCACAGAAGAUUGAGACACGUAAACUAUCAGGAUCUACUCAAAUUAUCCACCAAGCAGUGUGUCAGAGGUCUACCAGCACUAAGUGGUAAGACCAACAAGAUAUGUGGAGGAUGCAAAACCAGAAAGCAAGCCAGAUCUCCUCAUAAAACAAUAAACUCUGCCACUACCACAAGAGUAUUGGAACUGCUGCAUAUGGAUCUUAUAGGACCAGCUCAAACAGAAAGCAUUGGAGGUAAUACAUACUUGUGA